UACGCGGCUGCACUCGAAUCGCCAGAAACCUUCUGGUCUCACGAAGCCGAGAAACUGAGCUGGGCCGUACCCCCGAAGACCAUCAUCGAGCGAACUACCAAGACCUUACAAUCUGGCACCAAACACCAACACUGGAAAUGGUUCCCAGACGGCGAAAUCUCAACCUCGUACAACUGCGUCGACCGACACGUCGAUGCCGGAAACGGACAGCGUACGGCAAUCAUAUGGGACUCGCCUGUGACAGGCACCCAAGAGAGAGUCAGCUAUGCCCAGCUCGCAGAAGAGGUCGCGACACUUGCUGGUGUGUUGCGUGAAGAGGGGGUAAAGAAGGGAGAUGUGGUCCUGAUAUACAUGCCUCAAAUACCUGCUGCGCUCGUCGGCAUUCUUGCCACUGCACGACUUGGUGCUAUCCACGCCGUUGUUUUUGGCGGAUUCUCGGCACCGAGUCUGGCACAACGCAUUGAUGCAUCCAAGCCCCGAGUAGUCCUCACUGCCAGUUGUGGCAUUGAAGGUGCAAAGGGGCCACUGCCGUACCAGCCUCUGGUGCGCGGUGCUGUCGAGCAGUCCAAGCAUAAGCCAAGCAAGACCAUUAUUUGGCAGCGUGAGCAGCAUCGAUGGGACCCUGUCCUCAAAGAGGAAGGCGAACGAAACUGGCAACGACUGGUCAAGAGCGCAAAGAACCGUGGCUUGAAGGCAGAGAAUGUCCCAGUCAAGAGUAAUGAUGGGUUGUACAUCAUCUACACCAGUGGUACUACCGGAGCACCAAAAGGAGUGCUUCGCGAAGCGGGCGGCCAUGCUGUUGGCUUGAACUACAGUAUGCGCUACCUCUUCGGCAUCCAGGCUGGCGAUGUCAUGUUCUGCGCAUCUGACAUUGGCUGGGUGGUUGGCCACUCCUUCAUCUGCUAUGCUCCAUUGUUGGCAGGUGCGACCACGGUUCUGUUUGAAGGCAAACCUAUCGGUACACCAGACGCUGGCACUUUCUGGAGAUGCAUUGAACAGCACAAGGUAAAUGUCAUGUUCACCGCACCAACAGCCCUGCGAGCCAUCCGUCGUGAAGAUGGACAGCACAAGUUCUUCAUUGAAAGAGGCGAGAGGAAUGGACUGAAGUCACUAAGAGCGCUGUUCUUGGCUGGCGAACGCAGUGAACCAGCUGUUGUCAAUGACUACACCAAAUUGCUUCAAAAGUAUGGCGCCCCUGGAGCUGCAGUCGUGGAUAAUUGGUGGUCUUCCGAAUCAGGAUCACCGAUGACUGGACUGGCACAGCUGCCGUGUUCGUGGCACGACGGUGGCAAUGAUAAGGAGAUCAAGCCUCUGGAGACAAGACCAGGUAGUGCUGGAAAGCCGAUGCCUGGAUUCGACAUCAGGGUUGUAGACGACGACGGCAAUGAGGUGCCACGAGGAAAGACUGGCAACAUCGUCCUCGGCAUGCCUCUUGCACCCACCGGAUUCACGACACUUUGGAAGGACGAGAAGCGCUUUUACAAUGGAUACAUGCUGCGCUUCGAGGGCAAGUGGCUCGACACAGGUGACGCCGGUAUCAUCGACAAAGAUGGCUAUGUUCAUAUCCACGGUCGCAGCGACGACAUGAUCAAUGUUGCUGCACACAGGUUGAGCACUGCCAUCUCAUCACAUCCUUCGAUCACAGACAAUUGUGUCGUUCCAGCACCAGAUCCUCUCAAAGGACAUGUACCAUUCGCGUUCGUCGCCCUCUCACCCUCGGCGGGAGAUAUUCCAGAAGGCGAAUUGCUCUCGGCCAUCAACUCGCGCGUCAGGGCAGCCGUCGGCCCCAUCGCUACGCUCGGAGGUGUAAUCAUAGCACAGGGAGUCAUCCCUCGCACAAGAAGCGGAAAGACACUCCGCAGAGUGUUAAAGCAAAUGGUAGAAGAUGCCAGCGAAGGCAACUUUGACAAGAAGCCAGAAGUCCCAGCGACGAUUGAAGACGUGGAAGUGGUCGAGAGAGCGAGAAAGGCGAUCAAGACUUACUUUUCCAGGAAGAGCAAGCUG